UGGGCCAUUGCCUCGGGAUUCGUUUUCCACACCAACGUCCCCUUCGAAGCAACCUCGUUUCCGUCGCCUCUUCUGAUAAACAGGUGCUCGCAUCCAUGGCCGCUUUCGGGCCUUUGGCCCUCCUCUCCCUCUCCCCUAUUUGCCCUUGCCGCACUCUCCCUUCCUCCUCCUCCUUCUCCUCCAAAUCCCUUGUCUUCUCCCGCAACUCAUCCAACUUCGUACCACCGAUUCUCGCCUUCCAUUGCUCCAGAUCCGUCUCCUUGUGCUUCGUUCCGUCUAUCACCCGCGCUUCGACCUCUGAUGGCCAUGCCGGCGUGGAGAACGAUGCCAAACUUGGUGAGAGUUCGGAGAAUUUGGUGGUUUUGGAUGAUCAGAAGCGGGGAAGCCAGCUGAAGAAGCGGGUCGUGUUUGGGCUUGGGAUUGGGCUAUCUGCUGGUGCUGUUGUCCUUGCUGGGGGCUGGGUGUUCACCUUAGCUCUAGCUGCCGUCGUCUUUGUUGGUGCGCGGGAGUAUUUUGAACUUGUCCGGAGUCGUGGGAUUGCCGAUGGGAUGACACCGCCUCCCAGAUACGUAUCCCGGGCUUGCUCUGUUAUUUGUGCUUGCAUGCCCAUUCUCACAUUGUAUCUAGGCCACAUGGAUGUGUCUGUGCCAUCAUCAGCGUUUCUUGUUGCAAUAGCAUUGGUUCUGCAGAGAGGAAGUCCCCGCUUUGCUCAACUAAGUAGUGCCAUGUUCGGGCUGUUCUACUGUGGGUAUCUUCCUUGUUUCUGGAUUAAGCUUCGAUGUGGUUUGGAAGUACCCGCUUUAAAUACCAAAAUAGGAAAUGACUGGCCAAUGCUUCUGGGUGGGAGAGUUCAUUGGACUGUUGGCCUCGUUGUUACCUUGAUUUCGAUCAGCAGUAUAAUUGCGGCUGACACAUUUGCUUUCCUUGGUGGAAAGGCAUUUGGUCGAACACCACUUACUAAUAUUAGUCCGAAGAAAACUUUAGAAGGAGCUUUUGCUGGUCUGAGUGGCUGCAUAUUGAUUUCAAUAAUGCUAUCAAAGAUUUUAUGCUGGCCAACGUCUUUAUUAAGUGCUACAGUCUUUGGAAUUCUGAACUUUGUGGGAUCUCUAUUUGGCGACCUUAUUGAGUCUAUGAUAAAACGUGAUGCCGGUGUUAAAGACUCUGGAUCCCUUAUUCCUGGACAUGGAGGCAUACUUGACAGAGUGGACAGCUAUGUGUUCACUGGUGCACUUUCGUACUCCUUCGUGAAAACUCUUUUACCUCUUUUCGGGGUUUGAUCUUUUAUUUGAUUUCAAACUCUGCAUACCAAUUGUUAAGAAUUCCCAAACACCAGAGACCGAGGGCACCAUGCUUAUUGUUGAAAUGCGGUGUUCAAGUUUUGCGUUGCAGACAUGUUUCGUCAAUGAUGAAUUAUUGAGAUGAAUAACCCAAGCAUUCUUUCAAGUGGCCAAAAUCCAGAUGACAGUUCUCUAGUCUGAAUACUUGCAUUCUUGUCUAAAACCUGCAAUAUUUUUCAUCUCUUGUUUAGUUAUGAAUUUAGGACUGAGGGAAACAUGUUAAUAUUUUAAAUGUGGCAAUCUUUCUGAAAUCUGAUGAGAACAGCGAGCGUGCCAUCAGGAACAAGCAAAUAAUCGCUAAUAUUCUUUAGAUGUUAUGUUUUUAUGAAUAAAAUUUUUGCUGGCAAGCAUGUUAAAAAUAUUUGUGGAUUCAGUACUAUUAACUAGAGUUGUCCACGUGCAAUAUGCGCUGAGCCUGAAGCCCAGGCAUUUUAUUUUUUA